AUGGAGACGCCCGUGUCGAGGCGCCACGUGCUCUCGAUGACCUUGCCUCGCAACGGACUUCCCACGGCCAAGCACCCUGCGUCAAAAGCCCGGCGUCCUGCCAAGGGCCAAGCAGCGCCAUCCGCACUGGGGUCGGCGCUCUGGGGCUUCCCCGUCUACUUUAGCCCCGAAAUGGACCGCGAGCACGACGAGCGGGCCCAGCGCGUGGCGGCCCUUCGCGCCAAGCUCCAAGCCGAGCGCGCGCGCCAAGUUGCGGUGCACGAAGCCGAGGCCGACGAGCGCAUGGCCAGGUCCCGCCGCGACCACACAAAGUACCUCUAUUACGCGUCCCGGUACGGCGCGCUCCCCGCGCUCCUCUUUUGCUGCACGCAGUUUCCAGGACGUGUGUACGAGCUCUACGUGCACAAAACAGCCAACGCACUCCAGACGUGGGCGCGUGCUCGCAUGUGCAUUCUCAAGGCCCACGCGCGGAGCCACGUCGCUUCGGUGUUUGUCGCUUCGGUCGUGGCCAUCGUGCUUGAAAAGCGAUCUGCGGCGGCGACCCAAGCCGACCGCGCGACGCAGCUGCUUCGGCGCAUCGUCCUCCGCGCCCAAGUGCAGACCUUUGGUGCGUGGAAAGGCUGGCUGCUACAAACACGCGCCAUCAAGCGCAAGUUUCAAGCGGCGAUGUAUGCGACCUUGGCCUCUCGCUUCACCACGUGGCGAGACCACGCCCACACGCGCGCCAUGAUUCGGCACGGCAAGCUCUGUCAAGCGUCGGUCAAGGUCUUUCGCAGGAGUCUCAUCAACCGGUUUGGCCACUGGCGUGUCGUGACGCAGCGCACCAAAGACAUUCGGUGCCGCUUCGCCAACGUCUGCGUCCGGCGGCAGCGCGAGUUGUUUGGUGUUUGGGCCGCGUAUGUGGCGUUUGCCCAUCGCACGACCGCCUAUGCGCGUCAACUCCAAGCGUGGCUCCGCCGCUGUCUCGUGCGAGCUCGGUUUCGAAAGCGCCAGCACGCCGCGACGACCGUGACGCGGUACGUUCGAGGCCACCUCGCGCGGCGCCACGUCAUCGCCCUUCGAGAGACGAUGCGCGCGCUGGAGAGCAAGCUGCGCUUUGAGCGCCGCAAAGCCCUGGCGACGCAGCACGAGACAUUCAAUGCGCAUCUUCGCAACGCGAUCGCGACGGAGCGCGAGCGCCGCCGCCUGGAGGAGGCGGUGCUGCAGCAAGAGCAAGACCGGGUCGCGGCCGAGGUCAAGAAGGCUCUGGCCAAGAUUCUUGGCAACGAAUACCGCGCGCAAUUGCGGGAAAAGAUGACGCUUCUCAAGCAGCGUGACGGCCUCGAUGCCAAGCGUGCGGCGGCCAAAGCCGCUACUGAGGUCGUUGCCGACGCCGUUGCACUUGCGCGGGAACAAGCGCGCGCUGCAUUUCGCGCCACGAGACCGCCGCCGGCCGUGUGCGGCGAGUGCCAGUUGGGGCUGCCAACGAGACAGUGUCCGCACGUUUGUGGCGACGCGGAUGCCGACGCUCGGUACGAAGCUUAUGCUCGCGAGCAAGUGCUCCUCCAAGCGGUGGCGCUGGCGCAGCUUGAGCGCGAGACCAUCUCGUUUGCGACGCUGUACCAGUACAAGCGCACAGCCACCAACAGUUUUUUCGGUGGGACUUAUGCAAGACCAACACGUGUCAUUCCGCUCUGUUGCGAAAUUGGAGCUUGACAAUCAAC